GCGGGGCUGGAGCUGUGGGUACCACCUCCUCUGCAACGCCGGGGCCGGGAGUCUUAGAACCGAGGGCCCGCAGGGGUCCCCGCGGCCGCUGCGAUGCAGAAAUACGAGAAACUGGAGAAGAUUGGGGAAGGCACCUAUGGAACUGUGUUCAAGGCCAAAAACCGGGAAACCCAUGAGAUUGUGGCUCUGAAGCGUGUCAGGCUGGAUGAUGACGAUGAGGGUGUGCCAAGUUCAGCCCUCCGGGAGAUCUGUCUACUCAAGGAACUGAAGCACAAAAACAUUGUUAGGCUUCAUGAUGUCCUGCAUAGUGACAAGAAGCUGACGUUGGUUUUUGAGUUCUGUGAUCAGGACCUGAAGAAAUAUUUUGACAGCUGCAAUGGUGACCUGGACCCUGAGAUUGUGAAGUCAUUCCUCUUCCAGCUGCUGAAAGGCCUGGGAUUCUGUCACAGCCGCAACGUGCUGCAUAGGGACCUGAAGCCCCAGAACCUGCUCAUAAACAGGAAUGGGGAGUUGAAAUUGGCUGAUUUUGGCCUGGCUCGCGCCUUUGGUAUCCCAGUCCGCUGCUACUCUGCUGAGGUGGUCACGCUGUGGUACCGCCCACCGGAUGUCCUCUUUGGGGCCAAGCUGUACUCCACGUCCAUCGACAUGUGGUCAGCCGGCUGCAUCUUUGCAGAGCUGGCUAAUGCGGGGCGGCCUCUCUUCCCUGGCAAUGAUGUGGAUGACCAGCUGAAGAGGAUCUUUCGACUGCUAGGAACACCGACCGAGGAGCAGUGGCCCGCCAUGACCAAGCUGCCGGACUAUAAGCCCUACCCAAUGUACCCGGCCACAACGUCCUUGGUGAACGUCGUACCCAAGCUCAAUGCCACGGGGAGAGACCUGUUGCAGAACCUCCUGAAAUGCAACCCUGUGCAGCGCAUCUCGGCAGAGGAGGCCUUGCAGCACCCCUACUUCUCCGACUUCUGUCCCCCCUAGGCUCUCUGACCCCUGGCGGCCAGGCUGGGGCCUGGUCUAUUUAAGCCCCCCUCACAGGAGGGUGGAAAAGUGGGGUGUGGGGCAUCCUGAGCACCAGCUGUGCUGGGCCCAGCCAGGGUACAGUCACCCUGGCCCCUGGUUUUCACUCCCUCCGUGGACUUUAUUUAAUUUCAUAAAUUGGCUCCUUUCCCACAGUCUGCUGAUAUGGUGGUGGGGUGGCUCUGAAGGGUGGCGGGGGACCCCUGCUCUGACUUACCACCCUCUGUGACCCUGCCUACAGCUCGGGCAACGAGCUGCUCCCUGUCUGCUCUGCCUCUUUACAUGUCAUGAGACUGGGGACAGGAGGCCGUGAUCCCCACCCUUUUGAUUGUAUCGUGGCAGCUCUGUCUCCACAUGCAGGCCCACAUACUCCUGCACACUUUUCUCUUCUGCUUAGAAAGGCCAGGUAACAGUUCUGAGGUCGGACGCCGCUGGCCUGAGUGCAAAGUUGAGCGAGCCUCCACCAGAAUGGGGAGAAUGGGCCGGGCCUCUCUAUGGGUGUCUCCACAUUUCUGUAUAGAGCGCCCUCCACCUCUGUUUUCACACUUGGGAGUUGUCGGCUGGGGCAGGAGAAACUCGGAGCUGUGUAGGGUCUCUUUCAAAAGAACAGCCCUUCUCAGGCCCCGUUUGCCAGUUUUCCAGUGGUUGGGGUACAGUGAAAGAAGACUGGAGCUGAGGCAGAGGUCCAGUGGUGCCCUCUGGGCAGGAAGGGAAAGGCAGGGCGCUUUCAGUGCCAUUGUCUCAAGCAGGCUGUCAGCUCUUGCGGAGAGGUGGGAAAGGCGAGAACUUUCCCAUAGCGUGACCUGCGUGCGCAGGCAGGACAGAGACCGCUAGUGUAAACCAGCCACCUCCGCCUUCUCGCUGAGCUAGUUAGAACCCCGUUCUGGCUCUACACUCUUGGUACAGCGACUACUCGCCGUGGACCAUCACAUCUGAGCUCUGGGCAUGGAGAGACUGCCUUCUUAGAUACUGCUGGGAGGUAGGCCUGGGGGUACAGGCCUGUCUUCCAAGCUACCAACAAGCCUGAGGCAGGAGAGCCGCAAGGCCAGUGUGGGCAGCAGAGUGCAGGGUCAAUCUGGACAAUUUAGUGAGACUCUGUUUCUAAAUAAACAAGAUACAAAAAGGGCUGGGAAGCCAAA